AUGGCUAGUGAGGAGAGUUUCCUAGUUCUGGUACAUUACAGAGGGUCGAUUAAGAGAAAAACUCGGUCCGGCGUGAAGUUCACUGAUAAGGAUCCCCUAUGUAUUAUCGUGACGCCAACAACCACCUACGAUGCUCUUGUUAGCUCUGUGCUGGAGAAGCUUGGUCUUGAAGGAGUUAAAAGGGUCAAGAAGUUUUUCUACCGCAUUCCAACAGCGGUGCUCCAUGACACCGUGAAGUUUGAUUGUUUCACAAUCGGUAGUGACGAGGACUUGCAGGUUAUGUUUCUUUCUCGUAGGCAGUUUCCCGAGGUAAGGACACCAGAGCUGUUGGCAAAGUUGGUUGAUGUGGUAUCUAGCUCGGGUGGUUCGAACCGGAAUGCCAAUACUAUAGCCGCGGUUGCCGGCUCGAGCUCGAGACCUGCUGUUGCUUCAUCCUCUGCUCCUGUGUAUGAGCCACCGAUGCAGCCUGUUGCGUCCCCUUCGUUUGCUGUUGAUUUGAGCGGCAAUGUUGGAGACGAGGUUCGGUAUGGGGAACAUAUUCCCACCGAGGUACAUUGUCCCACACCGGCUGGUGUUGGUGAUGGUUUGUUUGAUGAUCCAGAUGACUAUGACGUUGAGCCGGAUAUGAUCGCUGAUGAAAGCGGCGAUGAUGUUGGAACUAUUGUUCCGAGAAGGGCUACAGGUGGAUCUAGUUCUGGCACACAGCAGUAUCCACCCCAUUUUUCCUCGUUGGACCUGGAUGCCAUGCGGCAUGACGAAAACGCUCUGCAGCCCUCAGGAUUUGGCGCUAGAGAUAUCGAGGGGUUUGCUGGUAUGAACGAGUUCCAGGUUGGCCAACAAUUUCGGGAUAAAGAUGAGGCGCUGUUGAGUGUGAAGACAUACAGUAUCCGCCGAGGGGUCCAGUACAAGGUCGUUGAGUCUGACUACCGCAGGUAUGUGGGAAAGUGUUCUGAGUUUGGGAAUGGGUGCACAUGGCUAAUUCGGUUGAGUCUCCGACAGCGGAAGGGUAUCUGGGAAGUGAAGCGAUACAACGGACCGCAUACAUGUCUUGCCAGCUCCAUCUCCAGCGACCAUAGGAGUCUGGAAUACCAUGUCAUAUCCACCUUCAUUAUGCCGAUGGUUAGGGCUGAUGCAGCUGUGAACAUCAAGGUGCUUCAAAAUGCCACGGCCGCACACUUUGGGUUCAGGCCUACGUACAGGAGGGUAUGGAUGGCGAAGCAGAAGGCCGUUGCCGUCAUAUAUGGAGACUGGGACGAGUCGUACAAUGAGCUCCCUAGGUGGGUUUUAGGAGUUCAGCUGACGAUGCCUGGCACUGUAGCCGUCCUCAGGACUUGCCCUGUUCGAGCAUUCCGUCAUUGCAAGCCUUUGGUGAGUAUUGAUGGCACCCAUCUAUAUGGGAAGUAUGGGGGAACACUGCUAGUCGCCAUUGCACAGGACGAAAACUCGAACAUCCUCCCCGUGGCAUUUGCACUAGUUGAGGGUGAGAAUGCUGAGUCAUGGUCUUUCUUUCUUUCCCACCUCCGUGAGCACGUGACACCUCAGUUAAUCUAUUAG